AUGCCUCGCUUCGGUUGCGUUCCGGCGGGUUUGAAAAAGGUUGUUGCUUGGAUACUCUCUUAUUUGAAUCUCGUUAAAUUUGAAUUUAACUCUGGGGGAACGGGAAACAGGCGGCUGGCGGCGGUGCGGGACUCCUGGCCUGUGGCGCGUCGCUAUCUGGGAACCUGGUUCGCUUUUGAUUUCCUAGCGACCCUGCCCUUCGACACCAUCGGCAUGGCUGCUGGUCUGGACCAUGGGAACGAGUCCCAGUUGAUGAUUUUGGCGGUGCUCAAGACGCCGCGGCUGCUGCGGCUGUUCAAGCUGAUGCGGCUGCUGGAUCGCAUGCGUAACGCCAACCUGUUCAAGGUGCUACAGCUCAUCCUGCUCAUGAUGAUGAUCGCGCACUGGCUGGCCUGCGUGUGGUACGUCAUCGCCCGGUAUGCGCCGGGUGAUGAGGAGUGGGGUUUCGACACGCUGGACGACGAGAGCCGGCUUACCUGGUACCUCUCCGCUUUCUACUAUUCGUUCCUGUUGCUCAUCGGUGAUAACAUACAGGCCCUCAAUAAUUACGAGCGGCUGUUCUUUGUGUUUGCGCUGGUGGCGGGUGCGUGCUUCUACUCGGCCGUGGUGGGUAACAUGGCGCUGCUGGUGGCGAACAUGAACACGGUGGCAGUGAGGUUCAGGCAGAAGUUGGACAUGACGCAGGACGCUCUGAGGUACAUGCGUGUACCGGAGGCCCAACGGGAGCGGGUGCAGGCGUUCUACGACUUCAUAACGCAGUUCAGCCACCCGGGCUCGGAGGGGCUGGGGUUCCUUUCCGAGCUGACCAAGGGGAUCAAUGAGGACCUUCACAUAUUCCUGCACAGCAGGGGAUCCAAGAAAGUCUAUCUUUUCCAGGAUUGUGAGCUUGCAUUUAUUCGGUCGUUAGCCAUGAGGAUGAAGAUUGUGACAUUCAUACCCGGAGAGGUCAUCUUUCGUCAGGGCGACCUGGGUCACGAAAUGUACAUCAUCCGCGCGGGCUGUGUGGCGGUGGUCAGCAAGAACAACGAGGUCAUGAGCUUGCUGCAGAUUGGGGACUUCUUUGGAGAAAUAGCGCUAUUAACGCAGGCUCGUCGUACUGCUAAAUGCAUAGCACUCAGUAAUUGCGAUUUGGCCAUUCUCAACUCUUUUGACAUUAAGUUCCUCAUGAAGGAGUUCCCACAGAGCGCCAGCCGACUUCAGGAGGCCGCGAGAGAGCGGCUACGGCAGCNGCAAAUANCCGGGCGCGGCGGUGUGCAAUCAUCCAAGGUGCAGGAGGAGGACGCCGAUACCGAAGACCGCAGUGCUGGCGGCGGUGGGGGCGGCGGCGAUGGCGGUGGCGGUGGCGAUGGCGUGGAGCCAGGACUGCCUUCCUUUGUGCAUGGGCGGGAGCCGGCGGCCUAUCCGUCGCCGGUGGGGACGGCGGGGACGGCGGCGGGCAGCAGCAUGACGGAAAGACGCGGCGGUGGCGGUGGCGGUAGCGGCGGCGGCGGCGGUAGCGCCGCCGCAGUACAGGAUCCCCCCGAAAGGCUUGACGGCGGCCUGCCGCCGUCUUGCUUUAUAGAGAGCAGCCGGAAUAGCUACGCCAGCUUAGCGACGGAAGAUUCUGCUCGUGAAUUCACAUCACGGCGCUACACAAAUAGCAUGACAUCGCAGGGGGGUCCGUCAACCGGUGUUUCGGCGUCUGCGUCAGCGGCUAACAGCUGCCGUACAUCAGGUACGGGCGCUGCGGCAGCGCCAGCGUCCGCAACUGCGGACGCCGCUGCCGCCGCCGCCGCCGCCGCGGCGGCGGUGGCGGCACCGCCGGGUCUUGUACGAUCUGACACGGCCACAGACAUUGACGGCAGGCUGCGAGGCCUCAUCUCGAAUAUCGUUGGCGCGUCCACAACGCUGCGCGACGGCCACAACGGCAGCGGCGGUGGCUGCUCCGAUGAGCAGGCGGCGGCGGCGCCGUCGAUCUGUGGCGCUUUGCCGAGUGUUCGCUUGGCUACGAGCAAACCUCAUAACCGAAACUCUAGUACGGCAUGUGGCGGCCGCCCCAAGUCGGCCGUUGGCUCUGCGGCAGGCAAAAGCGGCGGCAGCGGCUCAGCGGCUGGAGCUUCUGUGGCUCGGUCGCGGUCGGCGGUGUCGGACGCUCCGGAUGCGGAUGCGAAGGUGCAAAAUGUACGGCAGGCAUCGCCGCUGUCUUUGUCCUGGUCGGCAUUGUUCACCCGGCGGGCUGACUCGCGAGUAGGAGCUACGUGUACGACACCGACGUCAACGUCGUCACCUUUCCCACGGGCGCAGCAACCAUGCCCCGCAACAACAACAACAACAACAACUGACGGAGCCGACGACGCUGCUGUAGAGGAUUCAGCCGCCGGAACCGCGAAAAUCGUCUCAACCAAGGCGAAAGUGACGGCGCGCGCUGGGGCCGGCGGCGGCGGCACGCCGAACGCCGUCGGAUUGAUGUCCGAUGGAGCCGAAUCGGAAGAAACCCUGACGCGCUUUGACGCCGUCGAGCGCUUCCAGCCUCUGGCUCCCAGGCACGGCACACUGUCGCCUACGUCCGCCUCCGGGGCCGCUUCGGUGACGGCCAGCGUAAGUGAUGCCGCCGCUGCCGUACGGGAAAGUGAGCCAUGGGGCCUCCUGGACCGGUGCGUCGAUCGGCCGACGGGGCCGCGCCCUUUGGCGGAGGGUGUUGAGGAGGUCACGCCGCCGUACACGCAGCAUGCCGCCGCGUCGUAUGCUAGGCUGCGGCCCGCCGCCGCCCCAGCGGCAGCGGCGGCGGCAGACGGGGAUGAGGGCACCACCGCUAGUGCAGCGGCGGCGACGGGCGGCGGCGCCAUGCGCGGCGUACCGCAGUCACUGGGGAACAGCCGUCGUACAUCAAAUGUGAGCGUUGCUGAGUCGCGAUCUCUCCUCCCGUCGCCGAUGCCAAAAUCUGUUCACACUCGACGGGAGCGGCGCGUGAGCUUGGUUUUGCCCCAUUCGACAUGCAGUACGACAGACUUCGCCGCUGCCGUCGCAGCGGCCAUAGGAGUGGCGACGGCUCCUCCUCAUGCGGCCGCAGCUUCUGCCGCUGGCGGCCGCAGGGGCAGCGCUGGCGGCAGCGGACAAGGAUAUAGUCACGGGCAAAACCGCAGCUCAUGGGCCACAGGUGCAGGCCCUGACGUCGAGCUGCCGUCGGCGGUACUGUACCCUGUGGCAGCGGCGUCGCCUCUGCCGUACGGCGCAGGACACACCGCGGCCGCCGGCGCGUUUCCGUUGCGCACCCUUGAAGGAGCCACUACGCCGUUGCCUCCGCCACCGUCGGCAUCGUCACUACCGCCGUACCAGGCACAUCACCCGAAUGCCCAAGGGCCUGUCUGCUCGAUGCGGUCGGCAGCGGCCAGGCGCGCCGAGGCAGCGGCGGUGGUCUUGUAUCCCGAACAAGGGGAGAGUCCCUUCUCCAUGCGCAUCUACGGCACAGAGGGAUCCUCUCCUGGCGGCGCCGCCGCUGGCGGAGGUGGCGCGUCAGCUUCUCCUCGCCAGGGUCCCUCACCCUCGCCUACAAUGCAGAACCUUGCUGCUGGGCUGGCGAUGUCCAGGGCGCAAAUAAGGAGGAGUGGCGGCUACGACGAUGCUGGGAGCUGCGCCGGUGACGGCGCGGCGUCUUUGUACGGCAUGGGCUCCGUCGAGCUCCCUAUCAGCACGGGUCGCAGCUUGGGGCGUGUCGGCAGCACGGACCUGCUGCAUCUGGCACCCCCGGGCUAUGAGGAGGCGUACGGCGCCGGUGCCGGUGGCGCGGGAGGCACCGGCGCUGGCAGCUGUACGGGAGGGCUCCGUAGCAGUGGCAGCGGCGCCGGCUCCAACGCGGAGCGUCUUGCGCGCUCGAAGCAGAUCAGGACGCUGCGUAGGAGUCUUCAAGGGGCGUCGGAGCUUACCGGAGCCCCAGAGGAGGCGGAGCAGUCGCGCCGCGAUGAUGGCGGCGGCAGUGUCGCCGCCGCCGCCACCGCUGGCGCCAGUGAUGACGGCGCCGACGAAGGCUUUGCGCCGACGGUCGAAUGGAUACCGUCACGGCAAAGUACUGCAAAGCAGCGACGGCACCGCCGACAGUCAUCGAUUGGAAUGUUCUCGCCGCCGCCGCGGUUGGUGCUGCCAGCAGCGGCGGCGGCGGCGUCAUCGCCGCCGCUGGGUGCUGCUGGCGGCGGCAACGGCGGUCACGGCAACGCCUGGGUGGCGGUGCAGCUGGCGGAGCUGCAACGCGCGGAGGCCGAACAUAAUAGGCGUGAAGCUGAGUUGGCACGGCGAGAGGCUGACGUAGAGCGCCGCGAAGUGGAGGUGGCGCAGCGGCAGGCCGAAGCAGUGGCGGCGCUGACGGAGGCGGCAGAGCGGCGGGAGGCGGCGGCGGUGGCGCUGGAGCGUACUCGCUCCGUACACGUCAUGCUGUUAUCGCUGGCGGCAGCUCUGACGGACCUGGCCUUCAAGGUGGAGCAAUUAGAUACGCGGCUAGACGACGCCGAUGCAGCCGUAGUUAGGAUCGAGGCGCAGCACGGCCACAGUCGGAACGCGGGCAAUGACUUCUUGGGGUUGAGUCAGGCACCAAUGCCGAUGCAGGCGGUGACAGUGGUUCCUGGCCGGGAUGCACGACCCGGGAUGUUGGAACGUAACGCCAGCUUGGAUAGGCGCUUUGCGGCCAUGGAUCGAACCAAGACGCUCAGCGGCCAGCCGGGCACUGGCGGCGGCGGCGGCGGCGGCGGGGGCGGGGGCGGGGGCGGCAACGCUCGGCGAUCAAGUGCACUGUUCACCGGUGGCGGCGGCGGCGGCGGCGGUGGUGGUAGUGGGCUUCUGGGAAGUCUCCUGAACAGCGGGGAUAUCUUCCGGGGUGGAGGGAGACAUGCCGCGGAGUUCACCGGCAUGGGCAACGACGUCUCGGUUUCCGGUCAGGCGAGCAUCUGCCUUGCGGGCCGACGCAUCCUCCUCAAUGGCGGUCGGAUCUCCGCCGCCGCUUCAGGGACCAGCACCGCGUGGCCUGGCGUCCUCCGGCACAGCGACGGCGACGGCGACGGCGACGGCGACGGCGGGCCCCCAAGUACAAGUUCGUGA